GUUUAUGGUUAUUGCCGCAAUUUGGUUGUGACAGUCGGAGGCGCUUUAUCAUAAAUUAAAAAGUCGUGUAGUCGGACAACAGCCAGACGAAGACGACGACGAACGUCGUGUGGCCGCAGCUACCUCGGCUCUGGUGGUGCGGUGGUUCGGUGGUGCGACGGCUUUGUUGGCCUGAUGAAUGAUGCGCUGAUAUCCGCAGUCCGCUCGGAGCUGAGUUAUUUGCAUGAAUGAAACCGCGAGGCGACGCGUGAUAAACGAGCUGCGGCGUCUAAGCCUCAGCCUCAGCGCAGCUUCGGGCCUGAAGUGAUCCAACAAUCUUUGGGCGAUGACUUAAUUUAAAACGCCGCCCGAAAGGUGUUAAUUAGCAUAUGAACAAAUAUACAUCAAGUGGAUUUCGGCAACGCAUUUCUCCCAUUCAUUUGUGAACUCAAUCUCAGCUCGAGUCUCUCCUUUGUGAACUUCAUCUCAGUCGCAUUUUUGCUGUCGUCUGCUCUUUCGGUUCAUUAAUAAUAAAACAGGCGUCCGAUAGCUGAGCGGUAUCCAAUGGCAGCGAUUCAUCAGUAAAUAUAUAUAUAUAUAUACGGUUGCCCAGAACCAGAAGAGCAAUAACAAUUGUAAUAAAAACAUAAAUAUGCCUGGUGUAAUUGUGCAAAGCUCGACAAAUUUUCUAUGGCCAGUUCUUAAGUUUCCAUCCGCACAUUUAGCGUGAAAAGAAUAUGAAGUAUUGUAUUUGUGUUUGUGUUCGUGUUCGUGUUUGUGUUCGUGUGUGCCUCGCAUUUUCUUUAACGACGUAGCCAUGUGGAAAAUACACAACAAACUCUUAAUAUACUUACUCUGGAUUAUGGAAAUAAGAUUAGUAUCCAGCUUUACGUCCGCCAUGCUCUGUGGCCGCAUACCGGGCCUGACACUGGGUCAGCGGCAGCUCUGCAGCGAAAUGCCCGAUGCGCUGAUCGCGCUGGGCGAGGGUCAGCAGAGGGGGGCGCACGAGUGCCAGCAUCAGUUCCGGGGACAUCGCUGGAACUGCUCGGAGGUGUGGCAGCGGAAUGUGUUCGCCCAUGUCAUACCCAUAGCUUCUAGGGAGGCGGCCUACACGUAUGCCAUAGCCAGCGCUGGAGCGGCUUAUGCGGUGACAGCCGCCUGUGCGAGCGGCAACAUCUCGAUGUGCGGCUGCGAUGUGCGCCACAAGACGGCGCCGCCGCCGGAGCCCUGGAAGUGGGGCGGCUGUUCGGCGGAUGUGGAAUUCGGUAUGCGAUAUACGCGCAAGUUUACGGAUGCGCGGGAACUGGAGCGGGAUGCGCGCACGCUCAUGAAUCUGCACAAUAAUCGCGUGGGGCGCACGCUGAUCAAGAAGCUGCUGCGCACGGACUGCAAGUGCCAUGGCGUGAGCGGCUCGUGCGUGAUGAAAACCUGCUGGAAGAGCUUGCCGCCAUUUCGCCUGGUCGGCGACAAGCUAAUGCAGAAAUAUCACAAAGCCAAAACUGUUCAAGCCGUCAGAGGCAAACGCGGACUGAGAUUAGUAUUAAGCAGAAAGAAGCACCUGGCGGCCCAGAAGCCGACGCUGGUCGGGCCCAAGCGCCUGGAGCUGGUCUAUCUGGCGGCAUCGCCCAAUUACUGCGAGCGCAGCAUUCAGACGGGCACCUUGGGCACAACGGGCCGAAUUUGCAAUCGCACCGGCCACGGACCCCAGAGCUGUGAUCUUUUGUGCUGUGGGCGUGGCCACAACACACAACACAUAGAGCGCAGCGAGCAGUGCCGCUGCCAAUUCCGCUGGUGCUGCCAAGUCGAGUGCGAGCAGUGCGACGAGAGUUACGAGGAGUUCACUUGUAAAUAAACAAAAACCAAGCCGCAGCCAGAGCCACAGCCAGAGCCAGAGCUAAAGAUGCGAAUGUUGCUAGUAUUACUUAGUUAGCUCAUAACGACUCUUAGUAUUAUAUGCGAAAAUAAUGUAUUACACACACACACUCAAACUUAAAGACACACACACACAGGUAUUUCCGAAUAAAUAGUUAUAGUAACGUUAAA